AUGAGGUUAACAACAGACCUGAUCAACAACUCCCUCUCCUUCAUCAACUGUCUCACGGAGCGCGAACUCGAUCUACGAGGUGCGUGCCACAAGAUCUCCGCCAUUGAGAACAUGGGCGCUGCACGCGACAACGACGCAAUCGACCUCACCGACAACGACAUCGCGCUACUCGGCAACUUCCCGCUCCAGCCCCGCCUGCGGACGCUCUUCCUCGCCCAGAACCGCAUCUCGAAUAUCCAGGCGAAUCUCUCGUCGAGCAUACCAAACCUCACAACGCUGGUCCUGACUAAAAACCGGCUGACAGAGCUGGCGGACCUGGAUCCCCUGGGCGGAUUCAAGAAGCUGGUGUAUCUGACAUUGAUGGGGAAUCCGGUGACGAGCAAGGAGAACUACCGGUACUGGGUCAUCUGGCGUUGCCCCUCGGUGCGCUACCUCGACUUCGCCAAAGUGCGCGACGCUGAGCGCAAGAAGGCGAAGGAGCUCUUCGGCACAGCCGAGGACCCUACGGAGCUCGCGAGCAAGAUCAUGGGCAUGAAGUCCAAAGGAUUUGUCGUCUCGACCUUCACGAACGGCGGCGAUACCCCGACUAAAGAGCGCAUUUGGACGGAGGAGGAGAAGAGCCGGAUGCGCGCUGCUAUCAAAGCGGCAGGCAGCCUUGCGGAGAUGGCGAAGCUGGAGAAGGACUUCGCGGAGGGACGAAUACCGGCGCAUAUUCUGGAGGGGGGAGACGCGAUGGAAACAUGA